CCCAGCCAUGUGGGCAGGGCUGGGACUGGUCCUGGUUCUCUGCCUCCUCCCAGGAGGGUGGGCAGAGAGCCAAAGGUGCCAGGAGCCCCCAGAAUGGCGCAUUGGGGAGGAGAGCCCAAUGCUGAACUCCAGGGGGUCGUGGCAGUGGUCGCUCUCCUCCAAGCUAGCUGAUACUUGUGCCUGCUGCAGGCUUCCAGAUUGGAGGACCUGCGAGUGAAGUUAGAGAACGAAGGACUGGUCAAUAUCUCAUAUGUGGUUGUCAACCAUCAGAGUCCUCAUUCCCAAAAGAAAUUUCACCUACUACAGGAAAGUGUUUCAGACCAUAUUACUGUCUACCAACAAGAUGAUCACCAAGCUGAUGUCUGGACUACUUUAAAUGGAAACAAAGAUGAUUUUCUCAUCUAUGACAGAUGUGGUCGUCUAGUAUAUCACCUGGGUCUUCCCUAUUCCUUCCUGUCUUUCCGAUAUGUAGAAGAAGCCAUUAAGAUUGCAUACUGUGAAAACAAGUGUGGAAAUUGCUCUUACACGGUAUUUUCUUGUUUCAUUCUUUAUAUACUGGGGAAAAAAAAAACAACCUGAUACUAAGAAUCUUUG